AUGACUCAACUGGCGAUGCUCGUGCUGGCGAUGGCCAUGGUCGGAGGGGCUGAAGCGACCUGCUGUGGAGAUGCGACGAGGGAGGGGACUUACGUUCAGCUCAACGGAAGCUCUCUGCUGACGACAGGAGCCGGAGCAGACGCGCUGUACAGCUCUUCCUUCACCGUCCAGCUCUUCUUGAAGCUCAGCGAGUCUGCGGUACCUCAGCCCGUGAUCGGGUGCAUGAACGCGACGGAGACGAGGGGAUGGCGUGUGAGCUGCUCGUCCUCUCAGUGCUGCUUCAGCGCCUACGUGGAGGGCUCCUCCUCCCCUGCCCUCCGCUCUUUCUGCGCGAAUGAUCUCUCCCUCACCAACUGGACGCACCUGACGGUUCGGUUCACCGCCAGCGCCUCCUUCAUCCCCGGAGUCACCAGCAGCAGACGCCCAGCUGCCGCGUCUCUCUUCGUGGAUGGGGUCAAAAGGGCGGAGGCAUCGUGGGGGGACCCGGGAGUGAUCUGGAGAAAGGAGAGCUACGUCGGUUACCCUGCCCUCACGGUCGGAGGGUCGCGGGACUGGGACGCGGAAUCAAGGAGCUUCAUGGUGGGAGACGUGGACGAGCUGCGAGUGUGGAACGAGUCGAUACCCGACCAGCAGAUCCUCGACUCCGCCUUCGAAGUCGCUGCCUGCCCCUCCUCCUCCUCCUCCUUCAACCGCGUCGCGUCGAUCACAAGCCUUUCCAACCUCAUCCUCUACCUUCGGAACCCGCAGCAACCCUCGCAGUCCAACUACAAUCAGCUGCAAGGCUCCUCCCUCUCCCUUUCCUUGUCCCCGGCUGGGUCGAGCAUCCAGGUCGGCAGCGGUGGGCUGUACAUGCACAAGUCACCCGUGAUCGAGCUCAGCCCCAGCAGCCGGGGGGUUCUGUUCAGCGCCUUCACCCCUCAGUCUGACACCUCCAUCUCCUUGGCAGCCCUCGCCUCACAGCAAGAGAUGGCCUAUGUCGACCUUCUCGUGCGCGACCCCAACUACGACGACGUGCUCGCGCUCACAUCCCCGCUCAAGUUCAUCGCUCACAACACCAGCAGCAUCUCCUACUUUUCAUGUCUCGAUCGCUUCCUUGGCUUCUCCCGUAUGGAGGCCUACGACGCUGUCGAUGGGCCCGACCAGGACGGCUGGGUCUCCUUCGCGGGUGUUAGCGGCUACGACGCUCUGUCAGCUGGAGGUGUGCUGAAUGCCGUGACCAACUCGCCGCUUGACAGCGCCGGCGUCGCCUCCCAGUUCGUCCACCUGGGGCAGAACCUGGCGAGCUCGGGCUAUCUUCCCCCUCAUACCCAGACUCAGUCGCAGAUAGUCCUGCGGGUAGUUAUGGCUCACAACCUCUCGGCAGACUGGUGGGUCCCGCAGGCCGGCUACGAGCUCGUCUCCUCCCUUGCGAGCUUCUCCCGCUGCUCGGGUAGCAGGCAGGAUGUCGAGCUGAAGCUCCAGCUGGGCGUGCACCUUUCGCCAGAGUUCGUCGACGCCUCCAACUACAACCAGCCGAGCCGAGGAGGAGAGAGCCUGUCCGCCUUCUCCUACCCCGCCAUGCAGCAGGCGCAGCAGGCGGUGGCUCCCGGCGCGCACUAUGUGGUGGGCUACGGGCAGAGUCUGGAUCUGCGGGUGCGGGCGAGGGAUCGAAACGCAGGAGACAAGGUCUGCGUGCUGGUGAGCGAAGACCCCGGAGUUCCACUAGGAGAGUGGAGCAGCACUUCCUCGGGGAGCAAGCUGACGUCGGGGUGCCAUGCUAAUCUGCUCUUCACCGAGCAAGUGCCGCUAGUGGCAGGAGCCUCCGCCUUCUGCUCCGGGGCCUGUCAGCUGUCCUCGUGCGACGCGGGUCUCAGUUCCUUCCUCCCUCCUCCGCAGUUCGAUCGCACGUUCCACUACACCCCGUCCGUCGCUGCGGUCGGAGGAAUCUACCGCGUGUGCUUCCAAGCUCAGUCAAAGCAGCCAGACGGAGACAACUUCCCGGUCAAGGACCCAUCCUCUUCCUACUCCCGCUCGCUGCUCUGCGUGGUGAUCGAGGUGGUUCCCCCGGCCCCCGUCCUCCUCACGCAGCCGCUCAUCUACGAGGCGGUGGUUGGCUGCAAGCUGGAGCUGCUGCUGGUAGUGGAGGACAGGAGGCUCAACGCUUCAGCCACUGGAAUGAUGCAGACAGACAUGAACGGGGCGGCUCCUCAGCCCUUGCAGUACGUCCUCUCCUUCUCUCCUGCCGGCAGCUCCAAGUGCUUCAACACCCACUGCGAUCCUCUGCCUUCCCUCCCCCAGGGCGCCUGCCUCCCCUGCUCCUCUCCUGCUCCCCUCAACUCCGUCACCCUCGAGUGGACGCCUGCGCGGCAGGAUGCGCUCUACAAGCCCUACACACUCUGUCUGGACGCGUCGCUGGUGGGAGGGACGUGGGGGAAGCAGCAGGUCGGGUGCGUGCAAGUGAGGGUGCGUAAGUGCCAGGAGUGCGUGCGAGGAGGAGAUACGCUGGAGAGCAUCGCGAGGAGCUUGAAGAUCGGCUACCUCGACCUCUACAUGUGGAACCCCUUCCUUGAACGCCCCGACCACCUGCUCCCCGGCAUGGCCGUCUCCACGGGAUCCGUCUACACAGUGCGGGAAGGUGAACGAGAGUCUAAGCAAGGGGGAAGAGCUUUGCGUGCAGAUGCCUCUGUGUCGGGUUGA